AUGACCCGGAGACCUGUCCGCAGCUCGGCGUCGCGCCUGGUGCCUCGCACCUACACUCUCCAGGCGGCAUCGUCGGCCGCCACGCCGGCGUCCUCGACCACCACGACGCCCAUGAGCUCCGCCUACCCGUCGACCUACAACUCCGAGGUCGAGGCCGACGACGAGGUCGCCAAGAUUUCUCUCGCCUCCCUCACCCUCGACACUCCGCUCGUGCCCCUCCGCCGCGCCCGCCGCGUGCCCGAAAAGCCCUUCCCCUUCCUGUCUUUGCCCUCGGAGCUCCGCGUCAAGGUCUACCAACACUUCUUCGCGAACACGGACCCGGUCCUCGACCUGUCGCCGGACAACUACAAGCGAAUCCACAAGCACCUCGGGCUCAUGCGCGUCUGCCGCCAGAUCCGCGCAGAGGCCACCCACUUCUUCUACAGCACGCGCUCCUUCCGCCUCUUCCCCACCUAUCCGGGCCGUUACUUCAAGUCCAAGCGCCCGCUGCUGGCGCGCCUCAAGCCUGGCCAGAGGGAGUGCAUCACAACCCUCGAACUGCGCCUCGGUCCGGGUUGGAAUGCGCCGCCCAAAGGCUGGGUCGUCAACGAUGCGCUCGGCCUCAAGGACUGCGUCAACGUGCGCAAGCUAUCUGUCUUUGUCGAGUGCGACCCCAGCGACGGCGUCUUCAAGGGCUUCCGCCGCUCCGAGGGGUUCUACGAAGGCUUCAGCCGCAAGCUGCUCGCCAGCGUUGCUGAGACGCUACCCCACCUUGCCGUCAUCGAAUUUGACGGCUGGUCCAGCGUCAAGAAGAGCGGCGCCAUGAUGCAGGGCCUGCUCGACGUCGCGGCCCAGACCGGGCGUCUCAUCCGCUGGGGCCCCGAGCGCGGCUGGACAGAUGCCGACGAAGACGAGGAGCCGCCCAAGUUGGACACCAACGAGGACCCGGCAGCAUUGUACUUGAAUGGGAUGCCCAUGCAAGGCUACGCCCAGAACAUCCUGGUCGCAGCAUCGUGA